GCGUGUGUAUGUGUGGGUGAGAGAUUGUACUCGAAUUGCUCUCUUGGCACGCAUUUGACUUCACAUCGAAUUGAAUUUCAGUGCGUUCGCGAACAGCCUUACAAAACGUUGUGCCACAAUCGGAAGCGGAUGAGCGACUAAUCCACAAAGUGGUUGUGAAGUGAAGCAAAGUGAGAGAGAAGGGAGAAAAUAAAGGAAAACAGUGACAAACCAAAAAAAAUGUUAGCAUACUUUUUCGAGUUGUUGUCGAUGGUCAAGCGUUAGUAAUGCCGUUGGCGAAUCGAAUAAUUAUUUAAUGAAUUCACAAAUUCAACAAUAACGUGCAAAAAUGUGACCCAAUUCUAAGCGCGAUUGUUGGGCGGAAAAAAUAACAAAAACAACAACUCGUAUUACUCAAAUUGUAAAUGCAUUUGCAAUCCGAUGAAUUCGCUGUGACAUGCGACGAUAGCCAUUAAAUUAUAAUAAAUAUUCAGAGUUUUCAUUUCUCUGCUGAACGUCAAGUGCUCAAGUUGUGCAUUUUAUAACAUUCUAGUGAAUAGUACGACAAUUAAAUCGGAUCAUACAUAUGUACAUAUAUAUGUACAUAUAUAUCGAGCAGCAGCCCCAAAAAGUUUCCUUUUACUUGCUGCUCUUUUAACCAGCAGCACAGCUGAUUGUCAACGACGCUCCAAAAAGAGAGACAAUUAGAGAGAGAGAGAGAGAGAGAGUAGCUCAGCUUUCAGCGAACAUGUUGGCUUGUUUGGUUUGAGCCAACGCCACCUGCACCACCAUAACCACCCUCAAGCCGUAUUGCCUGCUGGCUAACGUAACGAGUUUCGAGACACGCACGCCAACAACAACAACAGCAACAACAAAAAGAAGAGGAAGCAGAACAACGACAGAGUUCACGUCCACAUCCACUUCCACGUAAUAUAGCCAUAAUCAAAGGUAGCCCUAGCCGUUGCCGUUGCCGUUGCCGUUGCCCAGGUCAACAGCUCGGGGGUGCACGCACGUGUGUGUCUGUGAAAAUAUGAAGCUCUCAGACAACAUGGCGACGCCGAUUGAGGAAAAACUCGAUCAAAACUUAAAGGUGCGUUCUGGCAUGGUACACGUUAGCGAUGGCAAAAGCAGACCAGAACCACUCAGACUUAACUUAACAAUGGAAUUGCUGACCUUGCAAAAGUUGGAAAUUGUUACGCCAACAAGCUCACAGCACAAUGGACCGCCGAUGGAAUCCAAGGAGCGUAUGGUACAAAUCACAAGACAAAAACAGGGUGGCCUUGGCCUGAGCAUAAAGGGUGGGGCUGAGCAUAAAUUGCCCAUAUUAAUAUCGCGUAUCUACAAGGAUCAGGCGGCUGACAUAACCGGUCAACUGUUUGUGGGAGAUGCCAUUAUAAAGGUGAAUGGGGAAUAUAUAACAGCUUGUCCCCACGACGAUGCAGUCAACAUUCUGCGCAAUGCCGGCGACAUUGUUGUCCUCACAGUUAAACAUUACCGUGCCGCAACACCCUUCCUGCAGAAGCAAUUAACAAAAGAUACACCUGACUCGGACAACGAUGUCACUUGUGCCGAGCUGAAAGCCGACGAAGGAUACAAGUCAUCCGUAAAUAGCGGCACCAUAAGUCGCAGCUGCAGUCGGCCAAUGUCAAUUUGCUCGGAGCCUGAGAAACGCUGGACUGAUGUGGUGGCAGUGCCUCUAAUGAUGGCCUAUGUCACACGUUACAUCUACGGAACGGACAAGUUACGUCCAAAUGCAUUCGAGGUGCGUGGCUUGAACGGUGUCACCACCGGGGUCAUACACUGUGAUGAGCUGGCGAUACUCAGUCAGUGGUUAAAACUAAUAACUGACAAUGUUGUGGGCCUUACACAUCUGCAGAUGAAACUUUACAACCGCAAUUUUGCAGUUGGUGAACGCAUUGAGUACAUGGGUUGGGUCAACGAGGGAGUUAUCAAUAACAAUAUCUCAUGGCAGAGCUAUAAGCCCCGAUUUUUAUUGCUCAAAGGCACUGAAGUAAUGCUAUUCGAAACGCCUCCACUGAAUGUGGCAGGUAUUACCAAGGCUCUGGUGGUGUAUAAAGUAUAUCAAACCAUGUUUCGCAUUGUCAAGGAAUCGGAGACCGUGGAUAGCCGACAGCAUUGCUUUCUGUUACAAAGUUCUGGACACGAGCCACGUUAUUUGAGCGUGGAAACCCGCCAAGAGCUGCUGCGCAUUGAGAACAGCUGGAAUGCGGCAAUUGUGACCAGUGUUAUCAAAUUGGGCCGCAAGACCUUUGCCGUUUCGCAUCAUGGCAAAAGUGGCGGGUUGACACUUGACUGGCAGGCAGGCUUCUCACUGACAGAGGGCGCCGAUUCAACCGUGGUCUGGCAGUAUAAGUUUUCCCAGCUGCGCGGCUCCAGUGACGAUGGCAAAUCAAAGUUGAAGCUACAUUUUCAGGACAACGAGACGCGGGCAAUUGAGACAAAGGAAUUAGAGUGCCAGGUCCUGCAGAGUUUGCUAUUUUGUAUGCAUGCCUUUCUCACCGCCAAAGUUGCUUCAGUGGAUCCGGCAUUCUUGAGUUCAAUACAACAGACCUAAGCUUUAUCGCUGGCUUUCGAUAGCACUCUGUCGAUAAUUUGAGAAUCAAAAAUUGUAUAGGCUAAAUAACUAAAAUUUUGUAUUUCUAAAAUACAAUAAAUAUUUCUAGACUUAAGAAACAAGUUGCAAGUAAGCCAGUUAUAGAUACAUAUUUACUAUGCGAAUAUUUGUAUGAAAUUGCAGUAACAAUUAGUUGAAUUUGAGUUAAAUUUGAUAUAAAAAAUUAUAAAAAAUAUUAAAAAGGUAGAACGAUUGAUAUACUUAAAGUGAAAUCUCUUGGUGCAACACAGUAAACUUAAGCG